UUUACAGAUACAUACACAGAUAUAUCCAACACGCACGCGCACACGCACCUAUGUACUUACACAUACACACAUAAUACGCAGUCACAUAUAAACACAUACAUACGUACGCGCACACGGACGCACACAUCGAUAUACGUACGUGUGCAUAUGCAUACACACGCAUACAAAGCACGUGCAACAGCCUCACCCCACCUCCAUUCCCGCAAACACACACACACAUGCACGCACGCGCACGCACGCACGCACGCCAUGCCAUGCAUGUGCUCAAAUGUUGCCGUACGUAACUGUACGCUUAAUAUUAUUUGUAAACUACAUUAGUUCCGGAUCUCGCUGUGGAGACGGGCAUAUUUCGCGUUGGUUAGUAGUGUUGGUGGUGAAUUUUACUUUGUUGUUGCUACCUUCGUUGUUAACCUUGUUGUUGUUGUUACAAGUGGUGCUUGCGUUGGUAUUGGUGUCGCCGCCGGCUGAUGUAAGUGUUAGUUGGUGUGCGUGUGCGUAUGUGUGUGUGUGUGUGUGCAUUUGUUGUAUGUGUUUGUGUGUUGUUGGUAUGAUUAAACGUGGAAUCCUACCGCCAGUUCCAACACAACAACUAAGCUCUCUGUAUAGGAAGGACUACACAUACUAGCGAUGGAAAAAGAACGAAAACAAGAAACAAUUAUAUGAAGCCAUAUAAAUAAACAAAACAAACAAACACGCAAACACAUACACACGCACACACACACACACACAUACACACACACACACGCCUAUUCAGAGCAUAGAAAAACUUCCAUAGAAAGAUCGGGAUGGCGACUAAACCAGUAAAAUCAUUAUCCAGAAGGUAAGUGUCUCAGCUAAAAGCCCUUCAAAUAAUGAAAUGAUGAAAGGAAAUUUCAAAUGUCAUUCGAAGCUGGAUAGAAAGAGGACGUCUUUCACGGAGAAGUUCGCCUCAUACUAUGGCAAUAUACGUGGGCUUCUACUGGGAAGCAACUUGAUUGGUCGUCGUUCAGCCUGCAAUGAAAAUUUGUUCUCUGAAGAAGCUCAGCUAACAGCUUUCAAGAAGGAGAAAGAAGAGGGACAACUUAGGCCACGUUCAGUUGAUUUACAACGAAAUGUCAACCGCUAUGGACACAGAACCAACCAAUAUGAGUUGCCAAAUCUCAUACUUCGUCGUGGUCAACCAUUCGAAAUACAUAUUGUGUUUGACCGAAACUUUGUACCAUCUGACGAUACAAUUGUUCUAAAAUUUGUUACUGGAAGCCGUCCACUUCAAAGUAAAGGUACAGUGGUUUCUGUAAAUCGUGUUCAAGAACUGAAAUCAAACCAAUGGGGUUACGAAAUAACCAGUGUAGAAGAAAAGAAAGUGACUAUGCGAGUUAGUUCGGCGUCUGAUUGUAUUGUUGGUAGAUACCAGUUUUAUGUGGAUACAUGUCAUCUAAACCAGCAAAGUGACGUUGAUAGCUACCGCUUUAAGAACCCUGAUGAUAUUUACAUCCUUUUUAAUCCAUGGUGUCAGGCUGAUAAUGUCUAUAUGGAAGACGAAGAUGAACGUCAACAUCACUGCCUUAGUGAAACUGGACGUAUAUGGUUGGGGACUGUUGGAAAAUUUUGUGUAAGACCGUGGAACUUUGCCCAGUUUGAUGACGUGUGCCUUAUGGCAGCUCUUGCUUUAAUGGACAAGUCGGAACUCGGAGACCAAGCUAGAGGCUGCCCCAUUCGUGUUGUCCGAGCUCUAUGUCGAGCAAUCAAUAAUAACGAACGUGAUGGUGGUGUUCUAGUUGGUAACUGGUCAGGAAAGUAUGACGAUGGUAUGGCUCCCUAUGCUUGGAAUGGUAGUGCUGCAAUUUUGGAAGAAUUCCUUAAGAAACGGAAAGGAGUAAAGUUCGGCCAGUGCUGGACAUUUUCAGCUGUUGCAACUACUAUAUUUCGAACGCUUGGCAUUCCAACACGUUGUGUAACUAAUUUUAAGUCGGCCCAUGACAGUGAUUACAGUGGUCCAGUGGACGCAUAUUGGUCACCUGAAGGAAAACCGCGGAAACUGUACGACGAUGCUAUUUGGGACUUCCAUGUUUGGAAUGAGUCUUGGUUUAAACGUCCUGAUUUACCUCCAGGUUAUGAUGGUUGGCAAGCUUACGAUGCCACCCCACAAGAAGUCAGUGAAGGUGUCUUCACAUGUGGCCCUGCUCCGGUUAAAGGUAUAAGGGAAGGCGAUCUCCAUUUAGGAUAUGACACAAAAUUCCUGUUUUCUGAAAUCCAUGGAGACCGUGUUCACUGGGUGUUGGAUUCUAUGGGAAAUAUGACACCCUUUGCUGUCGAGAAGAAUGCUGUCGGUCGUUCUAUCAGCACGAAAGCAGUAAAUACAAUUUCUAGGGAUGAUUUGACUCAACAUUACAAGUAUCCGGACGGUAGCCCUGAGCUAGCAGUUUGCAUGGAGAAAGCUCAAAAACACGCACUACGAUCUCUACCCGAAAUUCCUGCCCCGAGCAAAAGUGACAUUGACUUUACGUUUACAGGAGAGGGAUAUCGAACUGGGGAUGUUAGUGCGUCUCUUCGAAUCAAAAAUAACUCGGCUUCUUCUCGCAUUAUCUCUGUACACUUAUGUGCAGCAGCUGCAUAUUAUACCGGUGUGCCAGCGAAUGAUUUAAAAGAAAAUUCCAACAAUGCACAGCUUGAACCACAUGCAGAAACUGUUGUCAGUCUGUCAUUGAAAUGCAAUGAAUAUGUCAACAAUCGGGAUCCUGACGCCCAUAUUGUGAUGUACUGCAAAGCAAUAGUGAAAGAGACGAACCAAAGAUACAUCACUAGGGAAACAUUCUGGCUGGACAAACCGCAUUUAGAUCUAAAGUCUGACACAAGGGUUCCUAUCGGAAAAGCUUUUGAUGUUCUUGUUAAGUUCACCAAUACAUUGACUAUUCCAUUGACUGGAGGCCAUUUGAAUAUCGAAGGACCUGGAAUGCAAAGAGUGCCUUCAAUUAAAAUAAAGAAAGCAAUUGCGCCUGGUGAAGAAUUCAGAGAAACGGUUCAACUGAAAGCUCGGCGUAUAGGAAGAAAAGAAGUGAUUGCCAAUUUCUACUGCAAACAAAUUGUGGACAUCACAGGUGUUAUUGAAGUAGAUGUUGUGGAAGAAUCAAAAGCCAGUUAAAAUUACACCUGGCUGACAAGAAUUAAUUUUUCUAAGAAUUAAUACAAAUACUAUAAAUGUUCACUUAUGGAGAAAUAAAGAAAUAUAAACCUACAA